AUGGCAGACAGAGGUGAUCGAGGUGGGCGCGGAGGCCGUGGCCGUGGUGGGCGCGGCGGCGAUUCCCGAGGAGGCGGAGGCGGCGGCGGAGAUAGAAGAGGACCAGGCGAUGGCGGUUUCCGCGGCGGCAGAGGACGCGGCGAGGGAGGACGUGGAGACUUCCGUGGCGGCUUCAGUGGUCCUAGGGGUGGCCGUGGGGGUCCUGACCGCGGACGAGGAGGCUACAGAGGAGGCCGAGGUGGAGGGCAACCGAUCGCAUCCGGUGUUCCCCAGCCCGAUGUUGCUGUCACCAAGCUCGAGGAUGAAGUGGUAAAAAACCAAAACAAUUCUGUUGCCCAGCUUACAUCGAAUAUGUCCAAGUUGGGAGUAGACGAAAAGGAGAAUUUGGGCAAAUUCCCUGCGCGGCCUGCAUUUGGGAACAAAGGCCGUCCAGUCAUCUUGUGGGCGAACUAUUAUCAGGUCGAAACCAAAGUCCCUAUGCUUUACAAAUACACAAUUUCUAUCAAGGAAAUUGUAACCGAAUCAGAUAAAAAGGUCAACGAGCCCGUCGCCGCCCAGCCUAUGGGGAAGGGAAAAGGAAAAGUUAAGCCCGGAAAGCCUAAGAAGUCUGGUUCCCACGAAGUCAAGGGAUACAAACUCUUCUUGGUCAUCAAAGAGACUCUCAGCGAGCUCACCAAGAAGGACAAGAACCUGGUUCUUGCGACAGAGUUUAAGUCGCAGCUUAUUUCCUUGCACAAGCUUGACCUUGGACUUGACAAUUCAAUCCAAGUAAACCUCGCAUCAUCAACAAACCCCGGCAAGACCGAAGUCUUUGAGGUGACUUUACAUGGCCCUGUCGUCGCUCGGGUUGUCGAGAUGUUGAAGUACGUCAAAUCGACUACUGAUGCUUUGAAUGACACCCCAGCCAAACCUAUCGACGAAGACGAUGCAGCGAAAGCCCUGGCAUUCCCAAAAUUCCCUGAUGCUGUUGAUGCCCUGAACGUCAUCUUUGGAUUUGGCCCAAGGUCAAAUGAAGAUGUUAGUGCUGUAGGAAACUCCCGGUUCUUUUCUUUCAAGAACGGUGGUAUCUACAGAGAUAUGAGUAUGCGAGGGAGGCCCUUACAGGCUGUCCGUGGAACCUUCCAGUCUGUACGACUGGGUACUGGCCGGCUUCUUUUGAACACAAACACUACUGUUGGGAUCUUUAAGCUCUCUGGCCAAUGUGCAGAAAUCUUCGAGAAACUCCAUAUCCGUCCAGCAGAAAGGACGGAUGGCCAGGGGAUGAGGAACUUGAGGUUGAUGAACAAAUUUCUCCCUAAAACCCGCGUAUUGGCAAAGAUGAAAUUCGCCAAUGAAAAGGAAGUCAAGCGACGGAAAGCAAUUUACGGUCUUGCCUGGGCACCUGAGAUUCAACGAGCUUGUCGUGGCAAUGAGCAUCCUCCCCGAUUCACGGGGGGGUAUGAAUAUCCUGGACCAGACAAUGUGGAAUUCUACCUAUCUGACCCCAAAGGGAGCAGUGAAUACAUCACUGUCAAAGAAUUCUACAAGCGGAAAUACAGAAACAACAAUCUCAAGGACUACCCUCUUCUCAAUCUUGGCACUGCCGCAAACCCGAAUUUCACCCCAGCGGAGUACGUCGAGAUCCUGCCAGGACAAUCAGUCAAGGCGAAGUUGAAUAGCCAAGAAUCAACUGCGAUGGUCGAUUUUGCCUGUCGAUCACCUUACGCCAAUGCUCUAUCUAUUACAACAGAUGCACGGGAAACUUUGGGUCUUGACGAUGAGAAACUGGGUCAAUUCGGUAUUCAAGUUGGUAAACAACUGCUUACCAUCCAGGGACGCGUUCUCAACGCUCCGGGUAUCUCCUACUAUGGCUCCGGAGCCAAGCCCAUCCAGGUUCAUCCAAGAGAGGGCAGCUGGAAUAUGAGAGACAUAAAGGUGUACAAGCCCGGCAAGAACAUCCAAAACUGGACCUACGUCAACGUCAGACCAGGUAGAUAUGGUUCUGUUGAGAGGAACACCGUGGAUGAUUUUGUUCGGGUCAUGAAGCAGAUGAACAUUGGAAUCAACAGCACCCCUAUACCGGCUCCCACGGAAGUCAUCAGCGAAAAAGGGUUCCUCCAGGGGCGUGCAGAUGACUUCUUCAAGUGGGCCAAGACUAAUCGCAUAGGGUUUAUACUUGUGAUUCUUGGUACAUCAGAUUCCGAAACAUACGGCAGAAUCAAGACACUGGGCGACUGCACCUAUGGUAUUCACACCUGCUGUCUCCAGGGCGACAAAAUCCUAUCCAACAAAAACCCUAUGCAAUAUUUUGCUAAUUGUGCCCUCAAAUGGAACCUGAAAGCAGGCGGUGUAAACCACAAACUUCACAACGAGUUCGGCCUCAUCAAAGAGGGUAAAACAAUGGUGGUAGGGUACGACGUCACUCACCCAACCAACAUGCCUUUGGACCAGAGUGAUGCUGCCCCCAGUUUAGUCGGCUUGGUGGCCACCAUCGACCGAGACAUGGGACAAUGGCCAGCCUACUCUUGGGAGCAGUCGUCCAAGCAAGAGAUGCUGGACGAGACAAUGACUGAAGCAUUCAAGUCACGCCUGGCACUUUGGCAAAUGCACAACAGACAACAGCUGCCUGAGAAUAUCGUUAUAUUCCGUGACGGCGUGUCGGAGGGCCAGUUUGCUCAAGUUCUACAGAAAGAGCUUCCACGCAUUCGCAUCGCCUGCAAUACCAAGUACCCCAAGAAUAAGCCACCGAAAAUCUCUCUAAUUGUUUCCGUCAAGCGACAUCAGACUCGUUUUUAUCCUACUUCUGCCGAGAGCAUGACGUCCAAAAACAAUAUCGAAAAUGGCACCAUUGUUGAUCGUGGUGUUACGCAGGCUCGAUACUGGGACUUCUUUCUUACCGCGCAUUCCAGUAUCAAAGGCACGGCUCGCCCCGCGCACUAUACUGUGUUACUGGACGAGGUCUUCCGAGCGAAGUACAGAGCCGAGGCAGCCAAUGAACUGGAGAGAUAUACUCAUGAGCUCUGCUACUUGUUCGGCCGAGCCACCAAGGCUGUAAGCAUUUGCCCCGCGGCAUACUAUGCAGACAUUGUGUGCACUCGAGCGAGAUAUCACAGGCCUGAGUUCUUUGAAAUCAGCGACGUUGAAAGCAUCUCCACAGCUGGACCAGGCUCUAGUACCAGCGGUUCGAAGCAGGUCCAUGCAGACCUGGUCAACUCGAUGUACUAUAUUUGA